AUCGGAAAAGGCGCUACGGGCGCCGUCACGACAUGACUUAGGAUGAGUAUGCUAUUGUAUUAUUUCGCGAGUGCUGUGAAGUCAAUACAGUUUCACGUCGAUGAUGACAUUAUUGACAAGCUUAACUACUAUUACACCACAGCCAUUAUCACAGUGUUCGCGAUUCUCGUCUCUGCUAAACAGUAUGUCGGUUUUCCAAUCCAAUGUUGGGUACCUGCGACGUUCACCGAGCCCAUGGAGCAGUACACGGAAAACUAUUGUUGGGUUCAAAACACCUACUUUCUCCCUUUACACGACUACAUUCCACAUAACUAUGCAGAACGUGAAAAUCGACAAAUCGGGUAUUAUCAAUGGGUUCCGUUUGUGUUAGCUCUUGAAGCUCUUCUUUUCUAUGUGCCGACUAUUGUAUGGAGACUGCUCAGCUGGCAAUCAGGAAUUCAUGUGCAGUCUCUGGUUCAAAUGGCUUGUGACUCCAGAUUGUUGGAUUUGGAAUCGAGGAACAGAGCGUUGCAAACCAUCGCAACAAAUGUAGAAGAAGCGCUACACGUGAAACAUCAAGUGAUGUCCGGAAAUCGUCUGAAACUGCUCAACUUGAUUAUUUGCACACGAUCUUCCGGUGCUGCUGUCACGUUCCUCUAUAUCUCUGUCAAAAUUCUGUACACCGUGAACAUCGUCGGCCAAAUCUUUCUACUGAACACGUUUCUCGGUAACCGUAGCAAAUGGUACGGACUGCAAGUUCUCAACGACUUGAUGAACGGACGAGAAUGGGAGGAGUCUGGUCAUUUUCCACGUGUAACGUUAUGUGACUUUGAAGUAAAAGUACUGGGAAACGUGCACCGACAUACAGUACAAUGUGUACUUAUGAUUAACAUGUUCAACGAGAAGAUCUUUCUGUUCUUGUGGUUCUGGUACUUCCUUCUUGCCGGUGCUACUUUGUGCUCGCUUUUCUACUGGAUCUACAUUUCAGUGGUGCCAAGCAGGCAGCUCAACUUUGUUGGAAAGUAUCUGACUGGAAUCGAGGGAUAUAAAAUGGUGGAUUCGCAAUCACUACGACGUUUUGUAUUUCACUUUUUAAGACAGGAUGGUGUUUUCCUACUUCGUAUGGUUGCAACUCACGCCGGAGAACUACCCUGUUACGAGCUUGCGAAAACGUUAUGGAACAACUACUGUGACAAUAAAGAAGGAAAAAUGCACGACGUGUGACACACCCCAACUUCGUAGCUUUUUCAAUUUCUUCUAACACCAGUUCUCAAAUUUUGAUCAUGAAAUCUCACUUUCGAAAAUCAUAGAAUUGUCGUCAAUGGGUGUAGUCGUCUUUAGCUGAUAUUCUCAAUUUUCUGUUGCUAGAAAAUAUCGAAUCAUCAACUGCAUUUAAACAUCCAGAUCAAUGGAAACUAUUCACUUAUCUUUUCCUCCUCAUCAUAAUUCUCUUGAAAACCAAAACUAAACAAUUUUGGAGGGUUUUAGAAGAGUGCCAAAACUUUUAAACUUUUGUAUUGAAUCAAUUUUUAAAUUUCUCAAUUGAAUACUUCAAAAAGUUGCUCAAAACUUUAUCGAUCCAUUGUCAUUUUCACCUCGAGCUUUUUGUCAAUUUCACAUUUAAUUCAAUUGUUUUCUAAUUUUUUUUUUGUAAAUUCUAUUUACCAAUUUCCAAAUUUUCUAUUAUCAAUUUAUCAAAACUUUAAUGACGCGGUUGUCUUUAUGAAUGUUCAUAACUUUCAAAUUAUUAUACCUAAAUUUCCUCUAAAAUUAACUCCCAAAAGUCUUUUGUAAUUUUUUUCUCCAAUUUUAUUCCCUUUCCCCCCAUCCUCCCACUUCUCCUUCCUUCUGUGGUUUCUUUCAAAUGGCAUCAUGUCUUUUCAAAUUACCUGGAUUCACGUUUGUAAUAUAGAUAAUUUUUGUCCUUCCCCCCAAACUCACUUGAUACAAAAAUUAACUUUCUCGCCCUGUAAUUCAUAUUUCUUCCAGUUUGUCUUCAUCAUCCACCUGCCAAUGUUCAGUUUUCACCAAAGUUUUGAAAACGGAACCCACAAACUUUGCCAUAUUUUAUUGUGGAUUUGGAUUAUUUAAUAUUAUUUGAAAAUGAAUAAAAUAACAAUUUUUCA